CUUCGCAUUUCCUGUUACCAAAUUGACUCCUUUCAAUGUUUUCCUCUCACACUUUCUAAUUAAUUGUUAUUCUAAUUUGUUUUUUUUAUCGCAAUUCAUAUUCUAUUGUUUUCCAAAUAGUUUGCCUCUUAAUUGUCAUGUAAAUCGGUGACAAUUUAUCCUUAGAAUAUUAAUUCAAGCGGAUUUGAAUCAUCAAUGACAUUUUCUGGUACCAAAGCCUAUGGUUUGUUUUGAUUAGUAAUUGUUGCAACUUUAAUUGUUUCAUUGUGAUUUGUUGGUCAAUUUCUGAGUUUUUUUGUUUAAUCUUUCACCGGUUUUAAUUGUAAUUUACUUGAAAGAUUACAAUUUAAUUGGAUUAAUCACACUUAGUUAAUUUGAUUGAACAAUAAGUCUCUUUGAAAAGUAACAAUAAUCCAAUUUACGAUUAUCUUAGUGACCUAUUGCUAUUUUUGUUACUAUUUUUAAUUUGUGUUCCAUAGGCAAGUUUAUAUAGAUGACACGUUUUACUUUUGAUAAAAUUUCCAAAUCAAAUUGAAAAAGUAUCAACAUUCACCUUAAUGUUAUAAACUUGGCAACUGUUGACUGUUUUUCCUCUUUAAUCAUCAACAAUCAACUGUUAAAAUCUCACUUAAUUUCCUCAGUGUUAAUCCAAAUCAUCGUUACAAUGAGUAGUCUUCAUUUUCCUCUCUUGUUUCAUCUUCUUCUAUCCACAUAACAUCAUCAUCAUCAUCAACAAUAACAAUCAUAAUCUUCCACAUAUAAGUAAUAUCAUUGUCUCUCUUUUAACUUUCUCUUUCCUUGGCAUCACCUUUAUUUCAUUUGUAAAUUAGAUUUUCCUUUUGUAUUACAAACAGUUAACAAUAACAAUAAUUUAUCGUCAUGAUCAUUUAUUGUAAUGGAUGAAGAAUCAAACAGCCACUUACAAUCAAAAGUAAUUGAUAAAAGUGAUGACGACGAUGAGGGUGAAGUGCAAUUAGUGAAUAAUUCAUUUACCGGACAAUCCAAUCAACAACAACAACAACAACAAACACAACCUCAAGAAACAAUAUCUUCCAAUCAAAGAAACACCAAUGGAUUCAAUGACGAUUAUUUAAGGCCAGAUUCAGAUGAGAAGGAGACAAAUUGUGAUCAUAUUGAAAUCAAAGUUGUGAAGAAAAAUUUAAAAAUGAGAUUACAUGAUGCGUGUUGUGCUUUAAGGGCGAGAAUCAAACAAUUAGCAAUUGUUUUAAUUAUUUCAAUCACAGUUUUGGCUACUUUGAAACACGACCAGUUAAUUGUUCGUAAAACUCCUCCGCCGACUAAAUUUUUUUCAUCUGGAUCAUUAAUUGAAGACUUUGAAACUGGAAGUUUCUCUGAUCUUAUCGAAAGAGCCGUUGAAUCUGAUGUAUCUUUUAUCAUGUAUUAUGCUCCAUGGGAUGCUGAAUGUAUCAAAUUCAAGAGAGAAUUUGAAUUGAUAGCCAAUCAUUAUCCCAAUCAAAUUUUCUUUGCCGCGAUCAAUUGUUGGUGGCCUGAUGGUGAAUGUCGCCAGCGAAAUAUGGUCUAUCGAUAUCCAUCGUUUUCCGCUCACCUGCGAAAUGCUGGUGAACUUACCUAUCCAGGUCCUUUGAUGGCAGGUUAUAUUAUACAUUAUCUAGAUAAUUUAAUUGAUCCACUGACACCAGUUCAAAAUGAAGGACAAUUGUUGGAUCUAAUUUCAAAGCAUGACGGUGUCGCUGUUGGAUAUUUCGAUUUCAAUGAUCCAACGUCACUUAAUCCAUAUAAUAUAUUUUUUAAAGCCUCUGUUCGUGCUCUUCAGUCAGAUCCAUGGCGUCGAGUUAAAUUCUGUGUAAUUACAAGUCGAAAAGUAGCCCAAAAGCUUAGAAUCGAUGUUACAUCUUCAAUUAAUUUAUAUACUUGGAAUUCAACUUCCAUCAUCCAAACUGAUUUUACUAAUUUCGAUGCUAUUCUUAAAUGGGUCUAUGGAAAUGUAUAUACCAACACAAAGGUCCAGAGAGGUUUAGUUGACUGGAUUAGUCCAAGUGGACAGAAAAGUGAGGCUUUGGCCGAGGUUUUUGGAUCUAAUCCAACUCUAGUCCUUCUCACACCUCGAAGUUUAAUUUUUGGAAUUUCUCCUUAUUUUGAUAUCUUACGAGAAGUUGCAAUGGAUUACCAAAAUUGUGACAACUCUCCAGCAAUUAAAUCACUUAUUCACCGGAGUAUCUUGAGACGUCGGGCAACAGAGGAAAGUCUGAUUGAGAUGGAGGAAAAAUGUCAUGAAUUAAUGAAUCCAACAAUUUCAGACAAGAAUAGUGGUUGGAAAAUGUCCAAUAUUUUAUCCGAAGAUACUUGUUGCCAUUCACAAAUAGUACGUUGGAGACCCAUCGGCAAACCAGCCGAGAAAAAGUGCUACUGUACUGCUUGUAUUCGAAUAUCUUUAUCCAAAUGUCCAUCAGGAUGUAAAAAGUUCAACUGUUUGGCGACGGUGGCUCGAUACUUGAACACAUUUGAACCUUUAGAGAUAAACAAAACUGCUUCAUUUUGCAAUGAAAUCAAAAGCACUUAUCAACCUAAAUAUACACCAUAUUAUAAGAUUGAGGUUACUUGUUCUGGAAAUUUGCCAAGUGAUGUUAAUUCUCAUCAAUACUCGUUGUUAAACAAUGAUAAAGAGGAAUCCUAUGAUUCAGACUAUUUCUCGUCAUUUAAAUAUCUUUCAGAAGAGGCCAAUGGAAUAAGUAGUAACCAGUUACCCACCAAAGAUGAUAAAAUUGUUCGAAUGAUGAAAAAUUUGGAACAUCAAUACUGCUCUCGAUUAGCAUUGGGUCUCAAUUACAGUGAUUUCAAUUUCCCUGAUAGUGGUGAAGGAUCUUUGUCAUCAAGCUCAUCUAAAUGGAGGGAAAACUUUACUGGUCUUGGGUGUCAAUCUAAUAAGACACUAAAUUUCUUGGCCAUUGAUUCAAUACUUUAUCCCGGUUUUGCUGAAUCUUUGGGAAUCGAUAUUUUCAAUGAGACCCAUGCAACUCUGGCCUUUAUCAUUGAAUCUCAACAAGAAAAUAUUUAUCUUCUCAAUCAUCAAUUGGCAUCAAGUUGCUGCUCAUCUUCAACCAUUAAUAAGCGAGCCUUUUAUGAGAUGGUUAAAAAUUACACAGACAACAAGUUAUCUCGUUAUUUGAGAAGUUCAACCGAUAAAUCAAUCUCAUCUUCUGAACAAUGUCUUCAAGGAUUGAACACUGACCAAACAGUUAUUUGUGUUCCCGAGCUUCAUAGUAACAAUUUCAAAGAAAUUGUUCUCUCUCCAAGGAAGGAUGUUCUUGUCAUGUAUUUCACUCCAUGGUGUGGUUACUGUUCAACGGUGGCUCAUGUUUACCUCACAGUUGCCAAAUAUUUUCAAAAUAUUGACGGAAUUUUAUUUACUCGUAUCAAUGGCGAUACAAAUGAUUUACCAUUUGAAUAUAAUGUUGACAAAUAUCCAACAAUCAUGCUGUUUCCAGCCCAUAGAAAAUCGGAAACGGUUACUUUCCCGGCAGCUCGAUCAAUUACUGCAUCUAAUUUAUUAGGCUUCAUAUUAACUUACAGUCAACCAUCAGUUAGAUUAUCAAUCGCUCUAAGUCUUUGUGACUCUAAGUGUUUACUGAGAAAUUGGUUCUCAUAUCAACGCCAUUCGACUACACUAUUUAAAUCAUAUAAAAGCGAUUUAAGUAGCUUGGCCUUUCUUCGUGAUAAACUGUCCACUUUGCGUAAAAAACAACGAGAUCUUCAACAACCAUAUAUCGAUCAUUAUGUUGACAAUAUAAGGAAAAAGAGACGAAAGUUUGAAUUACUAUUCAGUGUGAGACAAUUUUUGGUUAAACGAUUGUUUGAGAUUGCGAACAAAUCAUCAGCUGAUUUAUCAAGAUCAAGUGAAGAUCAAGAAUGGCUUGAAGAAACUGUAGCGAGUAUUUUAAGACCAGUAAGGCCAAAUCGUCGAUCUGAAAAAAUCGGUAAAAAAUCAUCGAAACAAACAAAAAGUUCAUCGUUUAAAACUGAAAGCAAAGGAUCAAAUCGAGGAUCAAAUAUGAGGACAAAAUCAAAUAAAGAUGAACUUUGAAAAGAUAAUAAUCAUUAUUAUCAUGAUGUACAAUCAACAAUUUAAUAAUUGCCUUACGAAGUUAAUUUUUCUAUCUUAAUUUAAAUUUGUGCUAAAAUUGUGAUAAUGGUUAAUAUCUUAAUCACGAAUUGUGAAAAGUAAAAACUGUCAACCAAAUGAAGUGAUUUCAUCAUUUAUUUGUAACCAUUUGAAAUUGAUAAACAAUUAACUUAAUCAUUGUUAAAAAUAUUCACAUAUUAGGUGGACCAUAUUGUUGAAAAUGAUUCUUAUUUAUAGCUCAAUCAAAUUGAAUCGUUCACUUACCAACAAUUAGUUGAUUAUUCAUCUAAAUUUUGUUCAACUUCUUCCUAAAUCAAAGCCGAGCAAUUAUUUUUCAUAGGAAUAUUUUUUCUGUAUAAAAUUAACCAAUGAUUGUAAUUAACUUUUGAUAGUUAAAUUAAACAGUCCAUCCAAAAGGUAACAAUCAAUUUUUCACGUUGUAAUAAAUGAUUAGUGGUGUAAAUUGUUGGCAAAAUCAUUUCCCUUUAUAAUCAACGUUUCCUGUUAAUCAGUUUUUUGACCCAUUGUUUAAGUGACACAACAAUUAAUGUAACUAUUAAUAAUUUAAUUCACUCUUUUUACAAAGCAAUUAAAUUGUGAGCAAAAAAACCACUAA